AAAAAGUCCCAAUAGCAAAGCCCACAACAGUUUGUACAUCAAAAAAAAAAUCCCCAUUUCAUCUUCUUCUUCCCAAGAAAGCUAUUACAGACCAAAUCACCCAUUAACCCUAGACCUCAAUUUCUCAAUUUCCAUGUCCAGUUUCUUAUUCACCAUUCAAAAUUGAGCUGCUUUUCUCUCUGUUUGUAGUAGUAAUUCAAAGUUCUCCAGGUUCAUGAAAUGCCAUUGGCCAUUGCUGACAACUAACAAACUGCAAUUCUGAACAAAAGCUUGGUUUUUUCCGGAUUGCAAUUCCAUUACCAAUAAUGGGUUACACAUGCAUUCAGUGCGGGUUUCCCAUCAAAACACUUUACAUUCAGUAUUCACCAGGCAACAUUCGCUUGUUGAAAUGCGAGAAUUGCAAGGCUGUGGCAGAUGAAUACAUAGAAUGUGAAAUCAUGAUUCUUGUGAUAGAUUUAUUGCUUCAUAAGCCCAAGGCCUAUAGACAUCUCCUUUACAAUGUCAUCAAUCAAGAAACCUUGAAGUUUCAGGGACUACUCUGGAAAUCAGCUAUCACUUUUCUUCUUUUUGAUGCUUACAAAUGUUUGAUCUUGGAAAACAGCAAGGGAAAAAUGAGUUCAUCAAUGAGCUUCUCUUCGUUGAUUUCAAUAUGGUGCAAGAUUUUGAUAGAUGUCUUCUUCGGAAACUUUAUGUUUAUCUUAGCUUUCUUCUUCAUGAUCAAGAUGUUUCUCCACACAUCAAUCAGCAUCUCCAGGUGCAAUGACCUUUUGCUUGUACUUAUGAUUUCAUGUUAUUUCAAGAUCUUUCUUGUUGCCAUGAUGGUCUGGGAGUUUCCAUCAUCUGCGAUCUUCAUCAUUGAAUUAUUUUGUUUAUCGUCUAAUGCAGUGGCAUUAAAAGUGAUGACUGAAUCAACGAUGAGCCGAUGUGUUUGUACCUGCCUCUGCGCAUAUGCUACAAAGUUUUUGGUCACUUGUGUACCGGAGCUCAUGUUGUUGGGGGAAUUAAUUCAAGGAUGGAGUCAUAUGCCCUCCUCAUUGUCUUUAAAGCCUUCUUGAUUUAGCUUUUGAUUUUGUCAUGCGAAUUGUUAGUAGCAGAGUUGUGUGGCGGAUGGCAAUGGCGUUUCUGAACUGUAUAUAUGAUCCUUCACAUUUUUUAUUUUCUUUCUUAAAUUUGAUAUGAAGCUCAAAUUAUUAGUGUUCAUUGGCAUUCUUUUUAUGAUGCCUGUUUGUAUCCAGAUUAUGAUUUUAAAUUGAACUGCAUAGCAUAACACUUG